AUGGUUAAGCCAUCGAUGGUUAUUAUGAUUAUCAUUGUUGUUGUCUAUUAUCUUAAUUCAUUGAUUAAUGUCUAUUAUGAACGGAUCGGCUUCGAAGUAUUCCUACCGAUACUGCAGACCAUAUCCAGAAACCGUAGCACCGAUACGGCCGAAGAUUUUAUCGAAGGACUCCGACAUUUCGAUAAAGACGGUUCCGGUUAUAUUAGUUCAGCUGAACUCAGGCAUCUGUUGACAACAUUAGGCGAAAAACUAACCGACGAUGAAGUCGAGCAACUGUUGGCCGGUCAGGAGGACUCUCAGGGCAAUGUCCACUACGAAGACUUUGUACGGCUAGUAAUGAGCGGCUAAUCGUAUCAAUCAAUCAAUCAAUGGUAUCGAUUCAGAUGAUGACGACAACGAUAACAACUAACUAAAACCUAUCUUUUAUUGUCUCAAUCGGUAGCUAUCGGUGUUGUUGUAGUUGUUGUCUACCUUUCUAUUAAUAUAUUUAUUAUUAU